GCAGCUAAGCGACGCUGGCGUCUGUGUGGGAGGAGUUUGCGACGCUGCCCGGUUCCUCCGCCGGAACGCCGCGUUUUUCUGAGUGCGGGGAGCCGAAGCGCUCCUCACUCGCUGAGCGUGGGUGAGCGCACUUCGGGGGCAUGCAGCCUGGGGAGCGCACUCAGCCUCGGAAGUCCAGCGAGAAGCGCCGCACCCGGGACCACACACACGUUUCCCUCAAAGGACGCGAUAGCAGUCUCGUCUGCUACCCAGUUUCGCUUCGCUAAAGCUUCAGUUGACUUUUUCCCCCCCCAGUUUAGAAGACAUGAGAGUGGAUUUUACAACCGUUUGGAUAUUCCGGGGUUGGAUCCCGCAUUUGGUUAUUAUUCUGUAUGCACAGGCUGCAUUAUCAAGGCCGCCUUGCACCCAGUAUCAGUACUUGAAAGACAAGAGAUGCUGUGAUAAAUGUAAACCAGGAACAUACGCCUUCGCACUGUGCACCAGCACAGAAAAGACAAUAUGCAGACCUUGUGGCAGUAAAGAAUACCAACCUGACUGGAACAAUGAGACGAAAUGUCUUCCACAGAAAUUUUGCGAUAAGGAGAAGGGAUUCAUCCCUGACCCUGCGGAGAACCACACUGCGCCAGUGCCCUGCCAGUGCAAGCCAGGUUCGCGCUGUGCCAUCGUCAACUGCGAGUACUGCGAGAAGAUCAGCAACUGCACAGCUGGCUAUGGACACACCAUGGACAAGCAUACUGGUAGGGGUUCGUGUGUACCAUGCCAGCACGGAUUCUUCUCCAGCAGUGAAUCCACUGAGCCCUGUAAGCCUUGGACCAACUGCAAAGUGCUUGGAAAGACUGAGAAACAGGCCGGCAGUGAUAAAUCAGACUCCGUGUGCGGACAUGUCAUCUCUGGAAUUUCCCCUUUGUGGGUCAUAGUGGCUGUGUUAUUGUCACUAGUUCUGAUAUGCCUGGUCAUCCUGUCCAUGUUUUGCUACAAAGAGAAGUUGAAGCCCCUGUCAGAGAACUUAAGGACGUGCGUGCAGACCAUGAAAAGUACCAGAAUACAGCAAGAAGCACAUUACAUGAGAUCCCAUGGGCCACAAAACCACGCGCUUCUGUAUGAAGAGGAGUCCCACGGCCCACCGAACACCUGCCCCAGUGUCAGACUGACAUGUGAGGAGCCGCCAGCCUCCACAGACCACCAGGGGGCGCCGGUGGGGGCACAUAGUGAGCUUUCCGAGGGAGAACCUUUAUCCUCCAGCUCCUGCAGCUGCAUGCUGUCUGCGAGAGGCCCCCUGGAGGUGGGCGAGAAUGAGGACUGCAGCCAGGCAGUGGCCCCUGUGGUGUGCUCUUGUGGGGCGGACCCCACGCAGGAACCACCGUCCUACCAGGACUUCUGCCCGGGCCAGUCGUGUCACCAUGCAUCAUGUGACCUCUCCCUGGAUUACGGCAGUCAGGCGACUAGGCACACCCAGGUGGUGUAUGAGGGGGCCCUCGGCUCCGGGCCCCCAGGGGACGAGAGUGACAGGCCGAAUGAACCAUGCUGUUGCAGUAUAGACUCCACUGUAGCCCCUUUGCUGUCCGUGGACCAAAACACCGACCAGGCCCUCUCUCUUCAUGACGGCGACAACAAGAACGUCCCAGCAGUGAAGACCUCACUAGAGCUUGGCCUGGAAGUGUCUGGUCUCAGCUCAGAUACACCCACCACCUCCGGUCAGGUGUCCGGCAACAACAACACAACAUUCAUCUCCAACGGCCAGGUGAUGAACUUCAGCGGCGACGUGAUCGUGGUGUACGUCAACCAGGGCUCCCAGGAUGAGGAGAACACCAGAGAAGAGGCGUGUGGCAGCCCUGUCCAGGAGGAGUCGACUGAGGAGGUCUCCCCAGUAAUCGACAAGGCCAGAGGCAGGGAGGCCCCACGGGGGGAGGCGUCCCGUACCUCCCGUGAGCCCGGUGGCCGACAAACAGGGGGAAUGCCAGGGAAUCUGCCUGUGCAGGAAGAACGCAAUGAGUGGUCUCAGCAGAAGAUGCUGUAGUGUGGGGCGAUGAACCGGGAACUGCAUGAAAUUCUAGAAUGCAACUGGAAGAGUUCUGGAUUCACUCUGGAUUUUGUAUUUCAGAUAGUUCUCAAAGCAUCCAGAGUACAUUGUUAAAUAUUAAUGUAAAUGCUAUGCAUUUGUUUUUUUAAUAAGAAAAUCACAUUUUUAUUGUUAUUGUUAAACUUAUUGCAAUGCUGGAAAAGCUAAUGAUGAGGCGCAUUGCCCGCCGAAAUUGUGCAUGGUACCAUCUCCUGAACGUCAAUGUUGCCUUGCUUUGGUUUGGAGAGACAUCCAGUGACCAGUUUACAGUGCCGUUUGUACCAACAGCCAUUGAAAGUCUUCUUUAAAAAGGUAGAUUUAGGUUUGAGAUUUAAUUAGGAGUAGUUAAUCUGUCUUUUACUGGAGCAAUGGUUGGUUAGGGGCUGUUUUAAAAACAUUUCAUUUACAUAAGUGCGUUUCAUUGUCUAGCAUAUUAAGGCAGAACAAUUACCAGAAUUAAGCUGUUUGAAAAACAGUAUAAAUUUAUCCAAUGAACUCACACUGAACUGAGAUGGUUUGUAAAUAAAUUGUUUAAUUAAAAUUUAAUAUUAAUGUUU